AUGAAUGUUUGUUUUACACCUGAUUCAAAUGGUUCAGUUAUUGCUAAUUUGCAAGUAAAGCCAAUAUUACUUGAACAGGUGAAGGAAGCACAAAAGUUAGAUGAGAAACUUGUAAAAUUGACCAGAGAAGUUCAAAAUGGGGGAAAACUUGAUUUUACAUUAACAGAGGAUGGUGUCUUAUUUUAUCAGAACAUGUUAUGCAUCCCUAAUGAUGACAAAUUGAGGAGAAAAAUACCGAAUGAAACACAUAUUUCACCAUAUGCAAUGCAUCAUGGAGGUACAAAGAUGUACCAGACCAGCAAAGAACAUUAUUGGUGGAAUGGUAUGAAGAGAGACAUUGCGGAGUUCAUUUCCAAAUGUUUGGUUUGUCAACAAGUAAAGGCAGAACAUCAGGUCCCAGUUGGUUUACUACACCCUUGUCGAUGCCGGAAUGGAAAUGGGAGAGAAUAA